AUGGGCGAUAGUUUGGUUGUUGAUCCUGAUUCAAUAAGGUUUAAAGGACAGUUUCUCGCUGGUCAACUCUCUAUUCUCUCCAGCUUUUGUACAAUGGCCAAUGAUGCAAUGAAUACGUCGCUAGCGCUCUUUGUUGGCACACAAUUCAUUGCUUCACAGAUCUUGACGAAUGAUCAGUUUCAAGCACAGAUCAAUAAGACUGUCAGUCUACUGUUUCUCGAUAUAUCUCUUUCUUUUCGGCAAGCAAUUGACUAUCUGGAAGCGAUAAUACAUGGGAAUGCAAUUAUGUCAAGUUACAUGAGCAACUGGCAAUUCAUAGUGAAUCCUUCGGCCAACGCUCGAUUCAUUCGAACCAGACCUGUUUGGUAUGGUAACUGUUCAUGUGCCAGUUCAGACAAAUGUUCGUUACCGAUGAGCAUCACUAACAUAUCUUUUCCUGGCUUACUUAUUGGAUGCUUACCUUUGCCAGUAUUGCUUCAGUCGACUCUUGAAUGCUUCUACAAUCAAGCAUGUCUCGAUACCCUGCAUUAUGCAUUAUUUGACCAUAAGAAAAUGAAAUCAUUGCCAACUAGUCUCAUGAUGUCAAGCCAUUUCCUACCUAAUGCUUCAAUAGGUUCGAUCUUUGAUGAACUGUUCGUUGAAAACUGGCUUCGUGAAUAUGAUUAUGAGGCAUUCUUCCGAGCUUGUGGAGUUUCUAUGUGCACUUAUAUAUAUAGUACACGGCCUGACAUUCUCUAUGUGCUGACAACAAUCAUUGGUCUCAUAGGGGGACUAACUGUUUUUCUUCGUAUUAUUUGUCCAUUAUUGGUUAUGGGAUAUAAUCAUUUGAUUGAUUUCUUUCGAAACGGCCGGCGAACUGUUCCACUAUACACACUUCCUGUUCAACCAUCAGUUGUUGUUGCCUCUAUUUCAACAUCAGCAAAUAUUUCGGUAUGUUCUUUUCGUCCAUCUUUCUUUUCUAAAGUAAUUAUAACAGUUACUCAAUGAUCGAAACAUCACGACACGAACACAUGCCAAUUUAUGCUGCUGUCCGUGGAUGCGUGAUCAACGUAUUCAAAUCAAGAUUCUAGUGAUCGUAAUCAUCUUUGUUUGCGCUGUCGCACUUUUUGUGGUACCAAUUGUUGCUACACAAUUAUUUUUCGGUAGAGUUACAUAAGUAUAUAUAUGCUGAACUAAUAUAUUGCUAUUUCAGAUAAUCGUGAUGAUCUGCUUGCAAACAAUAAUUCAACCACAUUGUUAAGUAAGUGGUCUCUGCAUUAUUUCAUACUACAUACCAGAGCAUCAACCAGGCCACUAGGCCUGCCUGCCUGCCUGCCUGUGACAGGCACAGGCCAUGAUCUUGAGGCCUGGCCUGUCACAGGCAGGCGGCUUAAAAACACCAGGCCGCCUGGCCUGUCUCUAUCAUUUAUAUAUAUAAUUUUAUUUUCGAUAUAAACGUUUUUUUUAAUUGAAGUUGGCGCGAAUAAUCAGAUGAAGUAUAGAAUAAUGUAUUGUGUUCAUUGUGAUUGAUCCAAAUGAUGAAUAAUGUUCAGUUCAAAUUGCAUAGUUCGUUUCCUUUCUCCAUUCGCUCUUUGUGUUUUCA